GGCGGCAAGCCCGGCGGAGGGAAGGGCAAGGGCGGCGGGGACACCGCCGGGAAGGGCAAGGCGGGCGGCAGGGGCGGCGGCGGCCACGGCGGGGCGGCGCCGGAGCCGACGCACGCCGAGGCGCCCCUCGUGCACCACGGCGAGGUCGUCACGUUCUCGCCGGAGCUCUCUGCCCCCGUCCUGGGCAUUUUUGUGGACGAGGACGUGGGCGCGGAGUGCAUGGGCGGCGCGGGGUGGAUCCAGAACGAGGAGGCCCCGGGCCCGCGGACGCCACCGCCGGGCGCGGAGGGGGCGCUGCUAGUGCCUGGGGGGUCUUCAGGCGCCGCGCCGCUGUCGCCCGAGCCGUGGGGCUGCGACGGGUACGCAGCGGUGGAGGGCUGUGGCUGGCCACCGCGCGCGGCGCCUCCGGCCCGGGCCCCCUGGGAGUGGGCGGGCCGCGCGGGCGCGCCGGGAGGCGGCGCUCCGGCGGCGGCGGGCGCGGCGCGGGGCGCGUGGCCGGGGCCCGUGCCGCUCGCGCUGGCCGACCAGGUUGAGGAGCCCGUCAGCGGCAACGGCGGAUGGGCUGGUUCCUUUCGCUUCUCGUUCUGCAUCCGCUCCGCGGAAGGGAACGACCUGGGCCUGGACGUCGCGUACGAGGAAGGAGACACUGACCUGCUCGUGGCGGCCGUCCUCGAAGGAGGCGCCAUCGACUCUUGGAACCGCCAGUGCUGUGGGGACAAGGCGUCCAGGGCCAUCCAGGCGGGCGACAGGAUCGAGAGCGUCAACGGCGCGACCGGAAUCCUGGACAUGCUGUGGGAGGUCCAUGCGAAGAAGUUGCUCCGGCUCUGCGUCCGGCGCGACUUCCACCGACCCCGAUCUUAAACCUACAGGGCCGAGCGUACGCUCGCCGCUCGCGGCUACAGGCCCGGGGCCUCUCAGAGAGGUCGGCCCUUGUCCGCCUCCGCACUUGGGGGGGCAUGCCCGACCUGGGCCUCUUCGCCCGAGGGUCGGGCGGCGGCGCGCCCCGCGUCUCGGCUCGGGCGCGGCCGGCGCGGGGAGCGCCCGCGCGCCGAGAGCGGGCAGGAGGGGGAGCAGGGAGGGGGAGACGGGCGCCGCUCUGAGGGGGCGUGAAAUUAGUG